CAGCUAUGUAGCCCUCUGAUUGGUUGAGCUCAAGACGCGCAUGAGCAUUGAUUGACGAAAGAGGACGAUUUUGGACGUGAUUAAAAAUUCAUUUUCAAGGCCACUUAAAAAUAAUAAUAACAAUAAACCCCUUACUUUGUGCGGCUAGGUCAACCAACAUAUUACUAUCGGACUUGUUUUCAACCCGGAAAAGGAUUUUGGGGCACUUUCAGAGCAGCAUGUACGAGCUAGCUUACACAUAGCCAGGUGAAAAGAAAGGAGGUCAGCAUCUGAAAGGCUACAGCUUGAUUAAAUGAAGCUCCAUGCCUCACUUCAACAUGGUUCCUUGGCUCCAGGAUGCCACAAGAUCACGGCUUGGUCUGCGACUAGGUGCCCAACAAAAAAGCCCCAAAGCAGUCAUGGCCACGGUGCAGUGUGUGUUGCUGCUCGCCCUUAACAUCCUGCUCAUCUCCGAGUUCAUACUGGCCAAGAGGGACUACUACGACAUCCUGGGGGUGCCCAGAGACGCCUCGGAGCGCCAAAUCAAGAAGGCCUUCCACAAGCUGGCCCUCAAGUACCAUCCGGACCGUAACAAGGACUGGGACGCCGAGGCCAGGUUCAGAGAAAUAGCGGAGGCCUACGAGACAUUAUCAGACGACAAGAGACGGCGAGAGUACGAUCGGUUCGGCCACGGCCCGUCGUCGCCCGGCGGAAACGGAGGAAGCGCCAACUACGACUUCCGGCAGCACUACCGGUCGUUCAACUUCCACGACAUCUUCAAGGACUUUGACCUUUUCGGUCAGCAACAACACUUCCACUCCCAUCAUCAAGCCCACCGGAAGAGGUUCUUCCGGGAGGCUGCGGGGAACCAACAGAGGCGGCCCUUCGGAGGAGGAGGAGGAGGAGGAGGGGGACUGUUUGAUGACAUGUUUGAGGACUUGGAGAAGAUGUUCUCCUUUAACGCACAUACUUCCAGGAGUGACAGCAGAUUCCAGCGCUCAGUCAAGCAGCACUGCAGGACAGUGACGCAAAGGCGGGGCAACAUGGUGACCACCUUCACAGACUGCUCCUGAGGGAGGAGGGGGGACUCUGACGCUGCUUGGUUUCGUUUUGAAAUUGAAUGCCAAUUUAUCACGUGGCUUUUGUUGACUUUCAGUAUGAAAUUUGUACUCAAGGAACAAAGUCUGGUUGAGGUCCCUUCCAUUUAAGUCAGCUUGUUUACUUGCUCAGGAAUCGGCAUAAGCGUGUGCAUUCUUUGCUCUCGACAAGCUGCACUGGUCUAUUAUUUUUGUGUGAGAACAAGCCAGGACUGAAUAAGACGACGUACUAUUUGAAUUUACAAAAACAAGCACUUAUGUUAUAUUUUGCUGGAGAUGUUUUGGGAGUUCACUAUUUUCAUGUUCAAAACAAAAACCUCAAGCUCAUCAUGUGCAAUAUUUAGCACCUUUUGCUCUUGUUGCCUACUAUUCAUAGACAGUGCUGUUUGAAUAAUCAUUGUCAAAAUGUCUGCACUUUGUGUGCGUGUGUGUGUGUGUGUGUGCGCGCGCGUGUGUAUGUUGAUCGAUUGGAUGACGUUUGAAAAUGGAAUAAAAAAAAAAAAAGUUACAAUA